AUGGCGCCGUCUUCAUCUUCAUCGUACGCACCCCUAACUCCCAGUCCUGGCACACGUUGGGUCCCCGUGACCCCACCCGCCGCAGAUCCAUCCCUGUCGCGAACGCCGAUGCUCGCGAGCCGCGGAAAGACAUCCGCCACACUCUUGCCACAGCCUGCUUCCCUGUCGCAUCUAGCUCCUACGGCGACUUCCGUUGCGGACCAGUCUCGCAGCGUCUCGUCAUCUACGAUGGCAUCUACCGGAGCCACUCCCGUAUUGAGUUCGCGUCCCAGUCCCGCUCAGCCUCGGAGCCCCAACUCGACUCUGACCCCAAUGGAAGCGCAUAUGCUCGCCCUUAGCCAGGCGCCACCGAGUGCGAGUGCCUCCACACCCCAAAAAUCUGCACAGCCCAAGUCCAAACGGGCUCUGCCAAGUACACUUCGAUCUGUCGAUGAGCCGGCACCUGUAGCACCACAGCGGUCGUCCUUGUCGGUCACGCCUCCGUCGCCAUCGGACAAGUCCAGCACGCAUGACACGUUCGAGGACGCAGCAUCCGUCGUGAGUGUGACGCAGCCUGCGGACCCGCGCGUUCGGCCCUUCGAACGUGAGCGUGAGCGUGUGGCAACGACGGAACAAGCGCAUCGUGAAGCCCUGGUCGAAGAAGAGCGCCGGCAGCGCGAAGACAUGGAACGGGAGCGUCGCGCUAUGGCCGAGCGCGAAGCGUUGCGUCGUGAGAUUCGCGAGCAGCAGCAAGAAAUCGAAGAGCGCAAGAGGCGGCUCAUGGAAGAGCGGCGCGUCAGAGAUGCAGCCGCGUCCCGACAAGUGGAAGAACAGCGCCGCUCUGAAUCCGAUGCCCUCCACAGAGUGCGGCAAAGGGAAGAAGAGGCAGUCUUGGAACGAGCACGUAUCAACGCUAAGGCCAGCCUUGAACUCGAGCGCCGCACACUUCAAGAGUCGCAAAAGGCUGCGCAGAUGCACCAGGAGAUGUGCGAGUUGAAGCGACAACGAGAGGCCCAGCGUCUUGAGGCUGAGCGCGAACGCAUCGAGCACCACUUGCGUCUCGAAAUGGAACGCGUAAAGCUUGAAGAAGCCCGGAAGGCCGAGAUUCUAGCUGCCGAAAUGGAGCGCGAGACCCGCGCUCGCGACGAAAUGUUUGCUCUUGAGCGCCGACGUGCAUUGGAGGAGCGCGAGCGAAUCGAGGCAGAGCGGCGUGCGAAGCAGGAGGCAGAACUCCAGCGGAUUCAGCGCGAGAAAGAACUUGCCGAGCUUGCUCGUCUUGAAGAGGCUCGGCAUGAGCGUGCUAUGCGUGAGCAGCAAGAGCGUCAGCAACGCAUCGAACGCGAAAAGAAAGCGCUGGUCGAGCGCGAAGCACGCGAGCAGUUUGAGCGCGAAGAACUUGCACGCAUGCGGCGCGAAGAACAGCAGCGCAUCCAGAAAGACAGAGAAGAACGUGAACUCCAACUCAGGCUCCAUCUCGAGCAGCAAAAGCAACAGCAUGCACGUCAGUCUGCCCACGAUGAUGAGUGGGCCGCGAAAGACCCUAGCAGGCAAAGGCAGCCGGGCUCCUCCGCCAACUCGGCCACUUUUGUCGCCACGGCAGCUGCCUCAGCCGCGUCAGCCGUCCUGCAGAACACAGAUGGUCGCACAAUGGAUGAAAGCAACUCGAGUACAAAAGGAACUGCCCCGACAGCUACAACAACAGCGAGGUCGUCAUCGCAGAAUGCCUCUUUCCGGCGCUCAAGGUCUGUGCCUGCCCUGACUGUCGCUAACAUGGACCAGCGCGACACAGAAGAUGAUAGCGCUGCGCACGACUUUCAGGAUGCUGAGAUGUCCAUUCAAUCCGUAUCUUUGUCGCCGUCGCUCUCAUCGUCCAUGUCGUCCAUGUCUUCGUCGUCGCCGGCCUCGUCCUCCUCAUCGUCGGCAGCCCCAUCUUUGUCCAUGUCGGACUCGAUUAUGCAGGCGCGCAUGGAGCUGCACCACUCAGGUCAGACUCAGCGUCGUGACUCUGAGCGUGCGCAGCUCGAAGAGCGCGCUCUCAAACGCGCAAAGCGCGAGGCUGAAGACGAAGACCGCAUCACUCGCAGCUUCUCUAGGCAGCGAGAAGAGGCGCACGACGACGAUACGUCGUCGGUCGCCGAGACGGAGCGGUCGACAGUGUCACGUGCAUCGGACGCGUCUCAACUUAGUCUAGCGAUUAACAGGCUGCAGAUCGUGUCAAGACAGCAACCGCCAGCGAUCAAAGGCAUCCUGUCGCGCAUGUCUGCGUCUGCGUCGUCGACACUUGCAUUGCCACCAUCAUUGCCGUCGUCCUCCGCUCGCUCAUCCGCACUCAAGCGAACGAGCUCCCAUUCGAACGUCAGGACCAGCAUGUUGUCGACGCCUGGCGCAGAAGCCGCCGCGGGGGCUGACUCUGCGCCGCCAAAGCCCACUUUGCGCUUCGCUCUUCCCGAGAUGCCUCCGGCCGCGCAUCUCGGGUCGUAUCCUGAGCUGGCGUGGCUCGCGUACAUUUGCGACCAUCACAUGCCGCGACGUGUCGUUCCAUCGCCGCCGAUCCGCAGCUCGCUUGGCACUUGGAUCCGCCACUCAGUCGCUUCCGUCGCUAGCUUGGACACGAGUCUCAUGCACGAGGAAUGGGCCGUGCGUCCCGUCGGCCCUUACCGCGAUGGUGGCGUGCGCUUCUUGCCUGGCUUCACGGUGCAUGGUCUUGCGUUUGGUACAGCGCCCAAGACUCCGUCUCCUUGCGAGGCCACUGUGGAAGUCUGUGCACGGUUGUGCGGCGGGCUCACUGCAGGAGCCUUGACUUGCACGACGUCCGCGUGA